GUCUUCCCGCCCUGGCGCGCGACGUCAUCUCUGGGCGCCGGAGAGUGCGGGAGGAGGAACGGGCGGCAGAGGCGGUGGACUUGGGAAGAUGCUGCUCUAUGGAGUAAAUUCGAUUAGGGAUCGGUUCUCAGAAUCAAGGAGUUAGAAGUGAGAGCUCAGAUAAGUGAGUACUUAUCCAGUACUGCUUUGAACCACCUCAGAAGGGGAGAAUGGAUUUAUCAGGAAUGAAAAAGAAGAGCUUGCUAGGAGUCAAAGAAAAUAAUAAAAAGUCCAGCACUCGGGCUCCCUCUCCCACCAAACGUAAAGAUAGAACCGAUGACAAGUCAAAGGACCGGUCUAAAGAUAAAGGGGCCACCAAAGAAUCAAGUGAAAAGGACCGUGGUAGAGACAAAGCUCGUAAGAGGCGCAGUGCCUCCAGUGGUAGCAGCACCUCCAGGUCUCGCUCCAGUUCCACCUCCAGCUCUGGCUCUAGUACUAGCACUGGCUCUAGCAGUGGAUCCAGCUCUUCUUCUGCAUCAAGUCGUUCAGGAAGCUCUAGCACCUCCCGAAGUUCCAGCUCCAGCAGUUCCUCUGGAUCUCCUAGUCCCUCUCGACGAAGGCAUGACAAUAGAAGGCGUUCCCGCUCCAAAUCGAAACCACCUAAAAGGGAUGAAAAGGAAAGGAAGAGACGAAGUCCUUCACCAAAACCCACCAAAGUACACAUUGGAAGGCUUACUAGGAAUGUGACAAAGGAUCACAUCAUGGAAAUAUUUUCCACUUAUGGGAAAAUUAAAAUGAUUGAUAUGCCUGUGGAAAGGAUGCAUCCUCAUCUAUCCAAAGGCUAUGCAUAUGUGGAGUUUGAAAAUCCAGAUGAGGCUGAAAAGGCAUUGAAGCACAUGGAUGGAGGACAGAUCGAUGGUCAGGAGAUAACAGCCACUGCGGUACUGGCCCCCUGGCCCAGGCCCCCACCCAGGCGAUUUAGCCCACCCAGAAGGAUGUUGCCACCACCCCCGAUGUGGCGUAGAUCACCACCACGAAUGAGGAGAAGGUCCCGCUCUCCUAGGCGCAGGUCUCCUGUCCGCCGACGAUCCCGCUCCCCAGGCCGCCGGCGUCACCGCAGCCGCUCCAGCUCCAAUUCUUCCCGAUAAAGAAGGCAGCUGUUAUCACUUUGUUACUUAAAUAUGAUUGAACACAAUAUUGGAGCAUUUAUACUGAGGGUGGGGGAGAGAAAAAUGGGAAUCAAGCACUGGCUAGCAAAGGUUUAUUUAAUUCAUUGGAUGUCUCCUUGUCCUUGAAGGCUUCUAGACAGCAAAUUUGAUUCAUUUCUCAGGGCUGCUUUUGGCUCACAGGAAUAUUUAAGGUUCCGAAUUGCAACCUAAAUAAGGCCCUCUUCUUUUUUUUUUCCUGGCCCAAACAGAAAGCUUAGCUGUUAGCAACAUCUGAGAAAAUCAGGAAACCAGCAGAGCCAGACCAAGCAAAGCAAAGGCCAAGAUGCUGAAGCCCUGCCCAUGCUAAAGUCGUAGCAUUUUGUUUUUUUCUUCUCCCUAAGUAAAUUUUUGACGAAUAUGAAGACUUGAUGCUUGCUUUUUGGCCAGGCUUAUUCUUUAAGAAAAGAGGACGUGAGCUUAUGCAUGUCCACUUUAUCUCCUGCUAAAGCUAGGCCAACGGUCAGUCUGCUGCUUUGAAUUUUUUUUUCUCCUGAUUUUGAGGGCCAAAAGACCCUGGGAAGGAGUACGGAUUUUUCAUACCACUCCUUUACUCGUUGCUGUAAAUGGUUCUUUACACACACCAGUGCCCACCUCUCUGAGAAAUUGGUAAGCAGGUUGUGGGCCAGCCUCUGGGUGCUGCCUCAUCAAGGAGCCAGCCCUCUGAGGCUGUGGCCCCUUGAAAAGCUAGCAGGUUAAUUUUGCAAAAUGUAAAUUGCAUUCUUGGCUUUUAUUGUACAGUCAAUACUAGAAAAUUUCUGUGUUGAGUUUUGUAUCUUUGUAGCAUUUUAGAUGACGUUGUGUUUGUACUUUUGUUGUGUAGAAUGGAAGGAAAUCGUAUUAAAUAAACCUCAAGGGUUGAAA